AUGGAGGAGGAAACCACAUGUCCCAUCUGCCUGGAGCAUCUGAAAGACCCCGUGACUCUGGACUGCGGCCACAACUAUUGCCAGGCCUGCAUCUCAAAGUACUGUGAGUCCUGGGGAGAGGUGGGGGACUUGGAGUGUCCCAUCUGCAAAGCCCCCUUCAAGAAGGGAAACUUCCGGCCCAACUGGCAGCUGGCAAGUAUAGUAAAAAAAAUUCAGCUCCUCCUGCUGGAGAAAGAGCAGCUGUGUGCGACACACCAGGAAAAACUCCUUCUGUUCUGCAAAGAAGAUGAAGAAUUGGUCUGCUGGAAGUGUAAGCACUCCCCAGAACAUGAAACGCACACAGUGCUUCUCAAGGAGGAGGUUGCCCAGCAGUGCAAGGAUUGGAUCCAUCAUCACCUGGAGAUUCUCAGGGAGGAGAGAGAGAAACUUAUAAGGUACAAAGAAGACACAGAAAAGGAAAAGGAACACCUGCUUAAGCGAAUGAAAGAAGAGCGGGAAAAGACAGUGGCUCAGUUCAGAGAAUUAUAUCAGUGCUUAGAGAAACACAAGAAGUAUCUGCUGGACCAGAUGGAAGAACUGGAGGAGGAGAUUGCUAGGAGAGGGGCUGAGAAUCUGGCCAGGCUCUCUGGGAAACUCUCCUCCCUUGAAGGUAACAUCCAGGAGUUGGAGGAGAAGAGUCAGAAGCUGGCGAGUGAACUCCUAAAGGAUGUGAAAAUCGUCUUGGAGAGCAGGUGUGAGAAGGAGCCCUUUGAGAACCCAGUGGCUUUCCCUACAGAGCUGAAGUGGAGGAUCUGGAACUUCUGUGACAUAAAUCCCUUUCUGGAAGGAGUCAUGAGGCAAUUCAAAGGUGCCCUCCUCUCUGGACCGCAGGCAACAAAAGCAAAUGUGACCCUGGAUCCAGUCACAGCGGAUCCCUGGCUCAUCCUGUCUGAGGAUCAGAAAAGAAUGGGCUGUGGGCAUCACCAGAAUGUCUGUGAACAGAAAGAACCUGGAGAGACCCUCUUCCCUUUCUUCUAUGUUUAUAAGGAUGCCUUCCUCAGGAUCACUUCAUAA